AUGGCCUCCAACCCGGCCAUGUUGCUGGACCCAAAAUCCUUCAAGAAGCGACAGAAGUCCGGUAUUGACACCCUUUCUCUCAGUCCCUCACCUCCAAUCAUGCAAGACUCCCAAGGAACCCAGAUCAACUUGGCCAUGGAUAUCGAUCAAGAUCUCUCACUUUCCAAGACUGGGGAACCUAUGGACCCGGAAAACAAAGACACGUCCAGUUCGCUUACACCUCGAACAGGACAGCCGAGCCACAAUAGUUCUCCCGCCCCUCCCAUCGCACCCCAAGGAACAACCUCGAUCGUUGUACCCCGCAAAAAUGUGCCCAAUGCACCAAGCUCCAACUCAAGUUCGUCAAAAACAUCGAGUCCCGCGCUCAACAGCAUACCGAAACCCGAACACAACUUGGCCGUCCGUUUUGUUCCGUUACGAGAAGACGACAGCGAAAGCGACGCCAAGCGCAGCCACCAUGAACUGAGCGAUGGUGAAGAUAAUGGCCGACCCCGAAACCUGAUCGAGGACAUGUAUGGCGUCGAGCAACGUUCCCAGAACCCGGCCAAGAAAAUCAAGGUCCAAGAAGAGGAAAAGUCGAAGCCCGUGCCUGCAGAUCAACCGGUGGUCAUUUCGGGUGCCAGUGAAAUCGGGAAGUUCAUGAAAGAUGGUCAAACAGCUCCUUCGGUAGGCUCUUCUGUAGUGGACCUGACCGCUGAAAGGACAACUGUACCAGAAGACGAAGACGACGACAUACAAGUUACGGGAUCCAAUGACCUCAGCAACCAGCGUGUCUGCUUUGGGAAAAUUGAGAAUGCCACGGUCAAUGCUUUCCUAGUGCCUCGUCCAAGCCUUCAUGCCACCGAAAUCUUUCCAGAUCAAUGGUCUCCAAUGAAGGUGUCGCUGUACCGCCAGCCCAAGAAAAAUGACAUUCGCAUUGACGUGCUCGACCCUCACAAUACAGUCUUCGGUGCCGUGGAUACAAAAACUGCUCGAGCGCUUUGUCCAUGGCUUGAUGAGCCCUGCAUUCCAUUUGAUGUCGUGGCACGCUUGGACAUGCGGCGAAAGACCGCAGACGAGAUUCCAGGGCGGCCAAUUUCGGCUCUCUAUCGGGUCUCCCUCACGGUUUACGGACUUCGAAAACAUGCAGAGUCUCUUGGAAAGUUCUUAGGCCAAUUCAACGUGUGGCUGGGUACACCUCCGCUGGUAGAAUCAGGCGUUCCUGUUUUCAACCCACAUGCAGAGAAACGCAAAGCUAUCAUCGCAGCAGAGGUAGCAGCUCGUAACAAUGGAAGAGAGAGACCGGCUCCGAGAUAUGAGGCUCGGACUGCAGAAGAGAUUACUGACUCUGUCACCAAAAUGCUCAAUCAGCUCGUCAGUGCUGAGUUUCCAGCUAUGGAGCCUCCGGUGUCUGUGAAGACGCCUCUGCUUCCCCAUCAAAAGCAGGCCCUCUGGUUUAUGACCGAGAAAGAGAAGCCUCGUAAGUUCGGCCCCACAGAGGCUGAGAACAACUCUCUGUGGCGCAUUGCACACGACAAAAGUGGACGAAAGCAAUACAAGGAGAUCAUCACUGGAAUGGUCAUGGACCAGGAGCCUCCACAAGUAUAUGGGGGCUUACUCGCCGAUAUGAUGGGCCUUGGGAAAACACUGAGUAUCUUGUCUCUCAUCGUAUCUUCUCUAGACCAGGCCGCUGAGUGGGUCAAAUCCCCGCCCCCCAGUGGGUUGAUCCGCAGGGUUCCCGGCAUCAAGAACGCUAAAACAACUUUACUCAUUGUGCCGCUCAGCACAGUUAGUAACUGGGUUGGGCAAAUCAAGGAGCAUCUUGAUCCUGGAGUUACCAGCUUCUAUGUCUUCCACGGUGCUUCACGUACCCAAGACAGGGAUGUUCUGGCCAGUUAUGACAUUGUUAUCACAACAUACAGCACGAUUCUCAGUGAAGUAUCUGGUCGUGGCACUAAACGUGGCCCGAGUCCCUUGACUAAGAUGAAUCUGUUUCGCAUUGUUCUGGAUGAAGCACAUGCCAUUCGCGAGCAAAAUGCCCAGCAAACCAAGGCGGUUCUUAGUCUCCAUGCGCAGCGUCGGUGGUCGGUCACUGGAACACCCGUUCAAAAUCGCCUGGAAGAUCUCAUAUCGGUAACCAAAUUCUUGAGGCUUUUUCCUUACAACGAACGAAGCCAUUUUGCCCAGUACAUCUUGAGUCGUUUCAAAUCUGGCGAUGCUUCGGUCCUUGCAAGUCUUCGAGUUCUUGUGGACUCCUUCACCCUUCGCCGGGUUAAAGAUAAGAUCGAUCUUCCACCUCGUGAUGACCAGAUCGUGACCCUCGAGUUCACUCCUAAGGAGUACCAGCUACACGAGUUCUUCCGUGGUGAAUCCAACUCCUUGAUGCAGGUCAUUGCAGGCGAGAAUGGGAAGAAGAUGGGCGGGCGUAUGUACCAUCAUGUUUUGAAGGCUAUGAUGAUACUGCGCCAGGUCAGUGCCCAUGGGAAAGAGCUUCUCGAUAUUGAGGAGCGUGAGAGAAUCAAAGGACUUUCUGCUCAAGAUGCAAUUGACUUGGAUGAGAAUGGAACUGAGGAGACCACAGCUGCGAUUGAUAGAAAGGCAUAUUCCAUGUUUCUGCUCAUGCAGGACUCCUCAGGUGACAUCUGUUCCAAAUGCUCUAAGGUUUUGCAGGAGCCGAUGACUGCAUCUGGGGAGGUGGAUGGCAAUGCUCCCAUGGCAAUUUUUUUGCCAUGCUAUGACAUUCUGUGCCCAGAGUGUUUCUCAGGCUGGAAUACCCCCGCUAACUCCAUCAACAACACGUCCGAAGUUCAGUGCCCUGCAUGCGAAGGGUGGAUCACAAUGACUUUUUCCAUCAUCACACCUAGUGGACUUGAUACCUUCAUUUCCGACCAGCAGCAGAACCGCAAGCACAUCAAAAAAUUCGGUGACUAUGAAGGCCCCCACACCAAAACCACGGCCUUGAUCAACUACUUGCUGGCCACUGCAGAAGAAAGCCAGCCACUGGUCGAGGCGGGUGAACCGCCUAUCAAAAGCGUCAUCUUCUCCGCCUGGACGUCACACUUAGAUUUAAUUGAAAUUGCCCUUCGCAACAACAAUCUGCGAUCGUUUACCCGCCUGGACGGCACUAUGUCACUUGCAUCACGUGCCAAGGCGCUGGAAAAGUUCGCCCAAGAUGACUCUGUGACCAUAUUACUUGCAACCAUCGGCGCUGGGGGCGUUGGUUUGAAUUUGACCUCUGCAUCGCAAGUUUUUAUUAUGGAGCCACAAUACAAUCCAGCUGCGGUAGCUCAAGCUGUUGAUCGGGUGCACCGUCUUGGACAGAAACGCCCAGUCCGCACCAUUCAAUUUGUGAUGAAGCGCAGCAUUGAAGAAAAAAUUCUCGAGCUUGCCAAGAGGAAACAGCAACUUGCUGACAUGAGCAUGAACCGAGGGAAAAUGGACAAACAGGAGGUUCAGGAGCAGAGGAUGCAGGAAUACCGCAGCCUCUUCAAAUGA